GGGGAUUUCGGCUCAGACUUGAUCCUGUUCUACUUAAAGAUGAAAACAAUCUGCAAAUGACUGUGUGGAAUUACUAAUUGAGCUUUAGAAAACCGAAAAUCCGAUCGCCAGGGGCAAACUCAGCUUAAUUUACUGACACGAUUAUUUCUUUCUACUUUAAUAUCCAGGGGCGGGAAAUAAUGAUCAGGCGCGUCGUGCAGCUUACAGCCGCAGACCGCGUGCGCUAUAUAAAGCCCGAGCGUACCACAAGCGGAUUACAAGCAGGAGCUGUCCAGCGAGAGUGUGGUGCUGAAAUCACCGCCGAGACUUCUGCACGAAACAAACGCGCCAUGGAGGCCGGAGCGAGAGGAAUGCAUUGGAAACUUUUUAUACUUUCUUGUCUUUUGGUGGACGGGAUGAGCCAGGACUUUGGACAGACCCAGUUCAUUUGCACGUCUGUGCCCAAGGAUAUGGACAUAUGCGCCGCCACACUGCAAAACAGCGUGCCCGGGGAGGAUCUGAAGAGCACGGUCAUGCAGCUGCGAGAGACCGUGCUGCAACAGAAGGAAACAAUCAUGAACCAAAAGGAAUCGAUCAGGGAACUGACUUCCAAGUUGGCGCGAUGUGAAAGUCAGAGCGCGUCCGAGCCCGGUGACGCGCGGGUCGGCGGGCGGCGGAAAGAAACGGGCACUAAGAACACAAUGGGAGAUAUAUCGAGAGGUCCGACAGAUACAUUGGCUCAACUCUCACAGACUUUACAGUCACUCAAGCAGAGGCUCGAAAACCUGGAGCAAUUUAGCCGGAAUAACAACUCAAUCCAGGCGAACAGCUUGAAAGAUCUUCUGCAGACUAAGAUUUACGACCUGGAGAAGCAGGUCCUGUCCCGUGUGAACGGCUUGGAAGAAGGAAAACCGGGACAGCGCAACGAGAGCGAGCAGCGCGGGCGCGUGGAGUCAACUCUCACCUCACUGCACCAGAGAAUCACUGAUCUAGAGAAAGGUCAAAAGGAAAACAGACCACUGGAUAAAUUUCAGCUGACGUUCCCUCUAAGGACCAAUUACAUGUAUGCUAAAGUCAAAAAGAGUCUUCCGGAGAUGUAUGCCUUCACUGUGUGCAUGUGGCUUAAAUCCAAUGCCUCUCCAGGAGUGGGCACUCCUUUCUCUUACGCAGUACCUGGUCAGGCCAAUGAGUUGGUUCUUAUUGAAUGGGGAAACAACCCAAUGGAACUGCUCAUCAAUGACAAGGUUGCUAAGCUGCCUUUCCUCAUCAAUGAUGGGAAAUGGCAUCACAUCUGUGUGACGUGGACUACACGAGAUGGAGUGUGGGAAGCUUACCAGAAUGGUGUAAUGAGGGGAAAUGGGGACAGUCUGGCUCCUUAUCAUCCAAUCAAACCACAAGGGGUCCUUAUUCUGGGACAAGAGCAGGACACUCUCGGUGGAGGGUUUGAUGCUACACAAGCGUUUGUUGGUGACAUGGCAAAUUUUAACAUCUGGGAUCGAAAGCUGUCCAUUGGAGAGAUUUAUAACUUGGCCACAUGCAGCAGCAAAGCUCAAGUGGGCAACGUCUUGUCUUGGUUGGAAACCAGCAUUGAAGUCUACGGAGGUGCUUCAAAAUGGACAUUUGAGGCUUGUCGCCAACUAAACUAAAGAGCUCCGAAAUCUCCAUAAGCCAAUGAGAAAUGAGAGUUACCAGGUCUCGGUUACCACAUGAAAACAAAAUGCACAUCAAUCAAUUUCAUCUGGAAUUCUUGAGACAUUUUAAUUAUUGUCUCUUAACAAAAUCAGGACUGAGAACAAUCACUUUUUGCUUCAUUUAUGUCUGGAUCUUCAGGGCAAAAUCUUAGGUUGGUGUUAAUUGAAGACGCUCUUUGUUUUUGCUCUCCUGUGGUCAUCUGGGCAAGCAAUGCCUUACUGGAAAACUACUUCAACAUGAUAUGGCACAGAUUUUCAUCCUUACAUCCUGGACCAUUUG